AUGAGGCCGGAGCGCCCCAUGGUGUGGUGUUGCUUCUUUGUCCGAGCUCAGCGAAAACGGAAGCAGAGCGCCCAGGAUGAAGAUGCUGUUAGCCUGUGUAGUCUCGACAUUGGUGAGCCUAGUAAUAAACGGGUCAAACCCCUUUCCAGAGUCACGUCACUAGCAAACCUCAUCCCGCCCGUGAAGGCUACCCCGCUGAAGCGCUUCAGCCAAACCCUGCAGCGUUCCAUCAGCUUCCGCAGCGAGAGCCGCCCCGACAUCCUCGCCCCCCGGCCCUGGUCCCGAAAUGCCGCCCCCUCGAGCACCAAGCGGCGAGACAGCAAGCUGUGGAGUGAGACCUUCGACGUGUGCGUCAACCAGAUGCUUACAUCCAAGGAAAUCAAACGUCAGGAGGCAAUCUUUGAGCUCUCCCAAGGAGAAGAGGACUUGAUAGAGGACUUGAAAUUGGCGAAAAAGGCCUAUCACGACCCCAUGCUGAAGCUCUCCAUAAUGACAGAGCAGGAGUUGAAUCAGAUUUUUGGAACACUGGACUCCCUGAUUCCUCUUCACGAAGAGCUCCUCAGUCAGCUUCGAGAUGUCCGGAAGCCUGAUGGCUCAACUGAACACGUCGGUGCCAUCCUCGUGGGCUGGCUGCCUUGUCUCAGCUCCUACGACAGCUACUGCAGCAAUCAGGUAGCCGCCAAAGCCCUGCUGGACCACAAGAAACAAGACCACCGGGUCCAGGAUUUCCUUCAGCGAUGCUUAGAAUCCCCCUUCAGCCGCAAACUAGAUCUGUGGAAUUUCCUCGAUAUUCCGAGAAGCCGCCUGGUCAAAUACCCUCUGCUCCUCCGAGAAAUCCUGAGGCACACACCGAAUGAUAACCCAGACCAGCAGCACCUGGAAGAAGCUAUAAACAUCAUUCAGGGAAUCGUGGCAGAAAUCAACAUCAAGACUGGGGAGUCGGAAUGCCAUUAUUACAAAGAACGACUUCUUUACUUGGAAGAAGGCCAGAAGGACUCCCUGAUCGACAGCUCGCGCGUGCUGUGUUGUCACGGCGAACUGAAAAACAACCGGGGCAUGAAACUGCACGUCUUCCUGUUCCAAGAAGUGCUGGUGAUCACCCGAGCCAUCACGCACAACGAGCAGCUCUGCUACCAGCUGUACCGGCAGCCGAUCCCCGUGAAGGACCUCCUGCUGGAGGACCUGCAGGAUGGAGAAGUGAGGCUGGGCGGCUCCCUGCGCGGGGCAUUCAGCAACAACGAGAGAAUUAAAAACUUCUUUAGAGUAAGUUUCAAAAAUGGAUCCCAAAGUCAGACUCACUCACUACAAGCCAACGACACCUUCAACAAACAGCAGUGGCUCAACUGUAUCCGCCAAGCCAAAGAAACCGUGCUGUGCGCUGCCGGGCAGGCCGGGGUGCCGGGCUCCGAGGGACCGUUCCUAAAUCCCGCUGCUGGGAGCAGGGAGCCGCUGGGAGAAACGAAACUUGAGCAGAUGGACCAAUCGGACAGUGACUCAGACUGCAGUAUGGACACGAGUGAGGUCAGCCUCGACUGCGAGCGCAUGGAACAGACGGACUCCUCCUGUGGGAACAGCAAGCACGUUGAAAGCAAUGUCUGA